GUUGAAGCCUUGGUCCUCAGAAUAUAAACACCACUGCUCCGGUAACACCAGGAAAAUAUGAAACUUUUUUUUAAACUUUUCUUGCUAUAUAAUAUGUCAAAUACCUAGUUAGAUAAUGUGAUAUAGAUAUAUACAUAGUCACACGUGUAUGUUAACAACGCGGGCUUGUCGGUUUAAUUAAUACUGUGUUCAAAUUGCACGAGCUAACUAACCCACCUUAGCCUGCUGAAAGUAAUUACAGGCUGUUCAUAACAACAAUAAGUUGUUAUGAUAUACACAGUUGUUAUCAACUGUGUAUAUCAUUUUGAUCUGAGGGCAGCAAGAGGAAGGAUGAAUGGCCGCGAAACAGGGAGAGGUUCCUGGAGAGGUGGAGGAGGUUCCUGGAGAGGUGGUGGAGGUGGUUCCUGGAGAGGUGGUGGAGGUGGUUCCUGGAGAGGUGGUGGAGGUGGUUCCUGGAGAGGUGGUGGAGGUGGUUCCUGGAGAGGUGGUGGAGGUAGUUCCUGGAGAGGUGGUAAAGGCGCAGAGUCUGGUGGAGGUGGAGGUGGAAGUAACGGCUGGAGAGGAGGAGGAGGAGGAGGAAGAUGGAAUGGAGGAAAAAACAGAGGCUGGAGAGGUUCUACUUGGGGAAAAGGAGGUGGUAAUUAUUCACCGAACAACACACAACGUGGUGCAGAGAUUUCUUCACCAGUUCCUCGUGCAACGCAAGCAACACUCGACAUAACUUGCCCUUACAAAGGAUGGAAGCUCUAUUUUACAGAAGGUUUUAUUGAAUCUUCACCCUUCGUAGAGAAGAUAAAGGCAUUUGAAAAAUACUUCACUUCACAGAUAGAUCUUUAUGACAAGGAUGAAAUUGAAAGAAAAGGCAGCAUCUUGGUAGACUACAAAGACUUGCUUGGGAACAAACAGAUCUCCACAGCACUACCUGAUCUUGCUUGUCAGAUUAAAGACAUGCCUGAAAAGAUACUUGACUGCUUGGGUCUAGCCAUUCAUCAGGUUUUGACAAAGGAUCUGGAAAAACAUGCUGAUGAGCUACAAGCCCAGGAAGGUCUUCCUGUAGGCGCAACGCCUAUUAUUAACAUACCACACAUAAGUGCUAGGAUUUAUAACUAUGAGCCUCUCACGACUUUGAAGAUGCUCAGAGCCAAUUUAUAUGGCAAGUUUGUGGCUAUUCGAGGGACUGUGGUGAGAGUGAGCAACAUCAAGCCCCUUUGCAGCAAGAUGGCGUUCGUCUGUAACAUGUGUGGAGACACUCAGAGCCUGGCUCUGACUGAUGGGAAAUACACUAUACCCACUAAGUGUUUACAAAGAGAAUGCCGUGGACGAUCUUUUACCCCAAACAGAAGUUCACCACUAACGCAGACAGUCGACUGGCAGACCAUAAAGGUUCAGGAGCUGAUAUCAGAUGACCAGCGUGAAUCAGGACGUAUUCCCCGGACCAUCGAGUGUGAACUCACUCAGGAUUUGGUGGACAGCUGUGUACCAGGAGACAUGGUGACCAUCACAGGAGUUAUUAAAGUCUCUAAUGAGGAAGGAUUUGGGAGAAAUAAAAAGGACAAGUGCAUGUUCCUUUUAUACAUAGAAGCAAACUCUCUCAGUAAUUCAAAAGGGCAAAAAAGCAAGUCAGCGUCUGAACCUGAAGGCCAGGAGACAUCAGUCGAGUUUACGCUCAAAGAUCUGUAUGCCAUCCAAGAGAUUCAGGCACAAGAGGUCCUCUUUAAGUUAAUUGUCAAUUCUCUUUGUCCAGCCAUCUACGGGCAUUUGCUUGUUAAGGCAGGAUUAGUCCUGGCUUUAUUUGGAGGCUGUCAUAAAUAUGUGGAUGAUAAGAACCGAAUCCCUAUAAGAGGAGACCCACACAUGCUUGUCGUAGGAGAUCCUGGACUUGGCAAAAGUCAAAUGUUACAGGCAGUAUGUAACGUUGCUCCACGUGGUAUCUAUGUUUGCGGAAACACCACCACCACCUCAGGCCUCACUGUCUCUCUGUCCAGGGACAGUGGCUCUGGAGACUAUGCACUAGAAGCUGGAGCUUUAGUGUUAGGAGAUCAAGGUAUAUGUUGUAUUGAUGAAUUUGAUAAGAUGGGGAAUCAGCACCAGGCCUUGCUGGAAGCUAUGGAGCAGCAAAGCAUAAGUUUGGCCAAAGCUGGAAUUGUCUGUACGCUCCCAGCUCGUACCUCCAUCAUUGCAGCAGCUAACCCAGUGGGAGGACAUUACAAUAAGGCUAAGACAGUAUCUGAAAACCUGAAAAUGGGCAGUGCUCUGCUAUCCAGAUUUGACCUGGUCUUUAUUCUUCUGGACACUCCCAAUGAGGACCAUGACCACAUGCUGUCUGAACAUGUCAUGGCUAUGCGUGCAGGGAAGAGAGGUGUGAUUAGUGGUUUGACAGCCACCAGGAGCUGUACACAGGAAUCCAACAUAUCCAUUCUGGAGAUUCCCUCAAACAAACCUCUCUCAGACAGACUGAAGGUUCUUCCUGGAGAGACUUUUGACCCAAUUCCUCACCAGCUGCUGCGUAAAUAUGUAGGCUACGCCCGGCACUAUGUGCACCCCAGUCUCUCAGUCGAAGCUGCUCAGGUCCUACAGGACUUCUACCUGGAACUGCGCAAGCAGAACCAAUCAGCUGACAGCACCCCAAUCACAACUCGCCAGCUGGAAUCCCUCAUCCGCCUUACUGAGGCAAGGGCUCGUCUUGAGCUUCGAGAAAAAGCUACACAAAGUGAUGCAGAGGAUGUUGUGGAGAUCAUGAAACACAGUUUGACAGAUACUUACUCGGACGAGUUUGGCCGGCUGGAUUUUGAUCGAUCUCAGCUUGGGUCUGGGAUGAGCAACAGGUCAAAAGUCAAGAAGUUUGUUGCGGCUUUGAACCAAAUCGCAGAGCGCACCCACAAAACCUUGUUUGAAAUUCAGGACCUGCGAAAGCUGGCUAAAGACAUCCAAGUUCAUGUCAUUGACUUUGAAGGCUUUAUCAGCGCACUCAAUGAACAAGGCUACCUGCUAAAAAAAGGACACAGAACAUACCAGCUGCAAACCAUCUGAAUGAAAACAUGUUAGAUACUUUUAUAAAAAAAAAUGUUCAAUGAAUUUAAGAGUUUAUUGUACAGUAUAUUCUAAUAUAACUUAUUUAUGGAUAUACACUCAGUCUCUCCUUUGUAUAUGGAUAUACACUCAGAUAUGUGGAUAUAUAUACUCAGGUACAGCUAAUUUGUGUCACCAUUUUAUUAGAUACACAUACCAUAUAUAUACUCUUUGUAGAUGCAUGAUUACAGAGUGCAGCCCAUCUCGUUUUGUGCAGUUUGUCAGCCCCAUUGGCUCAGUCUAGGGAAACAUCAUAGGACCAUGCUGACCAGAUAGAAGGAACUUCCUCACUACAUCAGUGACAUGGUGUGUGUGUGUGGUGUCAGUCGCUGUAAUGCUGGUGGGAUUUUUUUUUCUAAUCUCUUGAUUAAGAAUAGACUAGCUAGUAAAAAUAUAUUCAUUCAGCAGUGAUCCUUUAACACACUCUGACUGAAAGCAUUAACUAUCAUCACUAACUGUAUGCCACCCCAGGGAGGUGUGUCUUCUAAAGUUGCCGAUAGUGUUCAGAAUAGUGUUUAAAACUCUAGCAAUGUUUCAGUGUCUAACCUGCUUCACCAGUGUCAUGCACAACACCGUGUCAGUGUCACUAACUGUAACGAAUGUAGUCCGCUACCUGACUAAUAUCUGGUCAGUAUGGUCCGGUUAGCUCAGAACAAGAGCUACAACGUACAGCACAGGUUUACAACCCUGGUACUGGAGUCUUGAAUUUUCCCUGAACAUUAUUUCAGCUCAGGAGGGCUGAGAGAUAGCAGGUGUGUUACACUACAAUGCGCAGGACAGUGGGAGCUCUGGGACCAGGGUUCUGGGAACUGGUCAUUAUAAAGUUUACAGUGUGGUCACUGUGGACCUGGGGUUUGUAAAAGUGUAGUUGGAGUUGUUUUAUUUUAGUCUUCCUUGCUACUGCAAAUUAAAGAAACACAAUAUUAAUGGACACAACAAAAUAUUUACUUAUUUAUUUAUUUUGAUGCACUUUGUCUUGCCCUGCUCCUGAUACAUCACGCCUUUUUUUUCUUAAAUU